CGGUAAAGACUAUUAUUAUUGGAGCUAACUCAGCUAAGAAACAGUGAAGUGAGUCAGCAAACAGAAACCCGAAAAUUACACAAGCAAGAAAAAAAAAAAGCAAAAAUAAAGAACCAAAACACCACUCAACUUGAUUGACACACAGAAAAUAAAGUGAAAUUCUGUGAUCUGAUGAAAUCAAAGCUUUGAUCUUUGCUGUUAAACUAAGCCAAUCUUCCAUCCCUCCCAAUGGGUCGCCUUGUCCUCUUUCUCACUAUCAUCGUCUUCUUCGCAUUCUCUUUCUUCUCAGAGGUACAAUCAGCGUCGUUCAGGAUUAUUAACAAGUGCCGCCACCCAAUAUGGCCGGGGCUUCUCUCCGGCGCCACCUCGCCGCCGCUACCGACCACCGGCUUUCUCCUCAGCGCCGGAAGAUCGAGGACAAUCACCAUCCCAAGGUCCUGGUCGGGUCGGAUUUGGGCAAGGACACUCUGCGGCCAAGACUCCGACGGAAAGUUCUCGUGCGUCACCGCAGACUGUGGCUCCGGCAAGGUGGAGUGUGGUGGCGGCGGAGCAAAGCCGCCGGCAACAUUGGCGGAGUUCACUCUCAACGGAGCUGACGGGCUUGACUUCUAUGACGUGAGCCUGGUCGACGGUUACAACCUUCCGAUGCUGAUCGUGGCUCAGGGAGGGACGAGAGGAGGGUGCAGCGCCACCGGGUGCCUGGUGGACUUGAACGGUGCGUGUCCUUCAGAUCUGAGAGUGGCGCGUGGGAAUGGAACUAAAAGUGGUAGAGGUGGUGGGGUCGCGUGCAGAAGCGCGUGUGAGGCGUUUGGGGACCCAAGGUAUUGUUGCAGUGAGGCUUACUCUACGCCUGACACGUGUGGCCCUUCGGCUUACUCGCUUUACUUCAAACACGCUUGCCCACGCGCGUAUAGCUACGCGUAUGAUGACAAAACCAGCACUUACACGUGUGCUUCCGCUAAUUACUUAAUCAUUUUCUGCCCUUUGCCUUACACCAGCCAAAAGGUGCUUGGAGCAAGAAAAGAUGGCGCGCCGCUUCCUCUGGUAAACAAAACUAUGAUGUACUUAUCAAGGCCACACUCUGGCAGUUCUUCAUCCUCAGGUCCGACCCGAACACAGAGUAUUGUAGCUUAUGUUGUGGCCAUCGCGGUGGCAUUUUUCCUCUUCUGCCCUUGUUUACAUGCCUUAUGAUGACUUCCCUUUUGCAUGGACAAUUCAGGCAGAUAGUGAGGCUCAAUCUUAGUUCUACCAACUGUAAGAGCUCUUCAAUCUUCAUUAAAGUAUCAAAUGGCUGGUGCUGAUUCCACUCAAUCAUGCAGGACUUGAAGGAUAUGAUGUAGGAAACAUUGUAAAUUUCUUUUAACUUUUUUAUGUCAUAUCGUUUCUUUGACGUUAACAUUGCAAUAUCCUCUAUUCCGAUUUUUAUGAUGAGAGAGGCUUCAAGAGUUUCCAAGUAGUAGUACUCUGGAGUCGGAUUUUGCAAGUUAUGAGAGGCUCUAUGGUACUUCAGACUUUAUAUAACUACAACAAAGUACUGUGUACAUUGAAGUUUAUGGAUUGAUGUUUUGUGCAGAGUUCUUCGAUCAGUAUUAAAUUUUAAAUUUAUACGAUAGAAACGCUUGAAGCCAAUGGAUUUGCAUGAGUAUCAAUGUAUCAUUGUUAAAAGUUUCCACCAAUGCCCAUACUGGAGGAAUGGGAAAUAAUGUUUGCAUUACUUUUUGGGUUAUGGGAGCAAUGGACUUAUCAUGUUACACGGGUCUUCAUGCUAGUCUUAAAGUGUGGCCCAUUCUUUGGUCCGAAAAGCAUGGCCCCAUUAGUAUAUAUCUAAUGGAUCAUAGAUAAAUGAGUAAAUGACUUAAAAAAAC